AUGGUUCGACGUGUGGCAGUGGUUGGAGCGGGCAGUUCUGGUCUGGUCUGUAUCAAGAUCUGUGUCGAUGAGGGCCUGGAGCCUGUCUGCUUUGAAAGCACUGAUGACAUUGGCGGCCUGUGGAGAUUUAAGGAUUCUCCUGAGCCUGAGCGAUCCAGCAUCUACCGCUCUUUGGUGGUCAACACCUCCAAAGAGAUGAUGUGUUUCAGCGAUUUUCCAAUGCCUGCUGACUACCCAAACUACAUGCACAACUCUCAGCUCCUGCAGUACUACAGGCUCUAUGCUGAACAUUUUGACUUGCUCAAAUACAUUAAUUUCCAGACCACAGUGAGGAGUGUUAAACAAAGACCAGAUUUCUCUGUGUCUGGUCAGUGGGAUAUAGUGACUAUUAACAGGGACGGAGAGGAAGAGACGCAUGUCUUUGAUGGAGUUCUAGUAUGUUCAGGCCACUACACCCAUCCUGUCCUACCCCUGUCAGACUUUCCAGGACAUGAGACGUUUCCUGGAAAGUGUUUUCACAGCUGGGAAUAUAAAGACGCAGAUGCCUGCAGAGGAAAGAGGGUGGUGGUGGUUGGCAUUGGCAGCUCUGGAGGAGAUAUUGCUGCAGAGAUUAGUAGAUCUGCAGAGAAGACAUUUCUCAGCACACGGCAGGGGGCUUGGGUGAUUGGCAGGAUGUCCAACAGUGGUCUUCCCCUGGAUAUGACAUCUAUCACCAGGCUCAACAAUAUCCUCAUGCUGCUUCUCCCCAAAACUCUGGUCAACUGGGCAGUAGAGAGAGCGCUGAACCACAGAUACGACCAUAUAUUGUAUGGCCUGAAGCCAAGACACAGAGUUCUGGACAAAAGGCCUCUGAUCAAUGAUGACCUUCCUGGCCGAAUCCUUCAGGGGGCGCUAGUCAUGAAACCUAAUCUGAAAAGGUUCAAUGGCUCUGGAGUUGUAUUUGAAGAUGGUACCGUGGAGGAGAACAUUGAUGUUAUGGUCUUCUGUACAGGUUAUAAUGGAAACUUCCCAUUCCUGCCUCCAGCUCUGUCUGAGGGGCCUCACAGACAGCUGACAUUGUACAAGAGACUGUUUCCUCCUUCUCUACAACACCCCACACUGGCCGUCAUGGGUCUUUUCCAGACAAAAGGACCAAUCAUGCCCAUAGUAGAAAUGCAGGCGCGGUGGGCUGUUAAGGUCUUUGCAGGUUUGAGCCGUCUUCCGCCCAAGGAGAAAAUGCUGGCUGUCAUUGAGUCUGAGAGGAAAAGAAACAUGAAGAGCUAUCCCUGCCCACGACAGGCUGAUCUCCAGGUAGAUUACAUCCCUUACCUGGAUUUUAUGGCUGAUGAGGUUGGGGUUCGACCUAACUUCCUGAGACUACUACUGAGAGAUCCUGUGCUCUGGGUGAAGGUCCUCUGUGGUCCCUGCACUCCAUAUCAGUAUCGUCUCAAUGGGCCUGGACGGUGGGCCGGUGCCCGCCAGGCUAUCCUCACUCAGUGGGAGCGAGUAGCGCAACCUUUCAGAACCAGAGAAAUACCAGAACCAGAGACCACACCAUCUGUCCUCUUUUCUCCCUGGCUGCUCAUGUUUGGAGGAACUGUGAUAAUGGCUGUGCUUCUGUCUAAAAAUGAGAUUGUUCCAGUGCUGCAGGGUGCAGCUCAGGCUCUGGACAGGUGCAAGAUUUACCUCAAGGACAUCUGGUUCACUGGCUAACCACAACAACAUGAUGAUAUCUGGGUCCAGCUUGAACCAUGGGAUCUAAAAUCCUUUGCAUGCAGUGAAAGAUAAAGAAUACACAGGUCUGAGACUUGUAGACAUGAUGUAUUGUAUCUAAGGUGUUUUCCUUUGAUGUUUGACAUGUAGAGAGACAGACAGCCUCCCUCUUUUGAUGUAUGCAAUGCUGUAUAAUGUAAUAAUGUGGGGUUAUAAAAUUGUGAAAGUAGUUUGCACUCAUUUACUCGCAGUCCCACUACAGAUGUGUCAGUUGAAAAGGUCGGAGGAAUCUGCACACAACCACAACAGCAAAACUGAGGCUUACUGAUGCAGGAAAAAUGAGAAAAAUAAACAGUCACACAGACAAAAGGAGACAGUUCACAUAUAGAAAGGAAUCUAAGCUAAAGGAAAUAAAAUGUUAGUACUGGA